AGCAUGCAAGCACAGCCAAUCUGUAAUAAGCAAGCAAUGGUGUAAGAGAGAUUGCUGAAAAGUGGGAAGUGUGUCUACAAAGUAAAUUCUGCUGUGCAUGUAAAAGUAUAAGGUUAAAGAUAGAGCCUGGAGAGCUUUUAGUUGCUGCUUAGUUUCAGGAACUCAAGAUUGGAUGCAAGCUAUUUGAAAUAAUCCAGCAUUCCCUUUAGCAGGAGUAAGUUCUCACAAAGGGAGAAGCGUUUCAAAGGGGUGAAGUGCUGAACUUCUGAGAUCCAAGGGCAAUUGCAAACAUGAAAGGUGUGAUCCAACCUGUUCUAGUGGUUUUAUUCCUCAGUGGAAGCAUUUGGAGCCAGGACCUAUCAAACUACAUAGAGCGUCUAGAAUACUAUUAUGAAUGCCCUAAAGAGUGCCGAUGCCCCACUACUUAUUCUAAUGCCCUGUACUGUGACAGCCAAAACCUCAAAGAGAUGCCCAAAGUACCAUCAAGGGUCUUGUAUGGGUAUAUUCAGAACAAUCUCAUUGAAGCACUCCCAGAUAAGUCCUUCAAGAACAAGACUCAAUUGAGAUGGAUAAACCUAAAUAAGAAUAAGAUUACAAGUGGUAACAUUGAUAAAGGCCUGUUUCAGAAAAUGGAAAACCUUCUAUACCUGUACAUGGAUGAUAAUAAUCUUGAAGAAGUACCUGCACCCUUGCCAAGCAGCUUAGAACAUCUGCGCCUGGCCAGGAAUAAGAUUUCUCGCAUACCAGAGGGAGCUUUCACCAAUCUGGACAAACUGACAUUGCUUGAUCUGCAGGGGAACAACCUGAAAGAUUUUGCCAUUGAUGCAAACACUUUUCGAGGACUGAAGGCUCUACUGCAACUCAAUUUGGCCAAGAAUGACCUCAAGGAAAUGCCCCCACAAAUCCCCACUUCAACUCUGCAACUCUUCUUGGACAAUAACUCCAUUAAAGCAAUCCCACGGGACUACUUCAGUGGACUUCCAAAGCUGUCUUUUGUCAGGCUAAAUCAUAACAACAUUUCCGACACCGGAAUUCCUGAUACUGUUUUUAACAUGUCAUCCAUAAUAGACUUGCAGUUAUCACACAAUCAGCUCACCGCAGUUCCACCCAUCCAUCUCAGUCUUGAACACUUGUACCUCGACCACAACCAAAUCAAAAACAUUAAUGGAGCUCAGGUCUGCCCCAUACCCAUCAACACAAUUAGCCAGGUACCCUCAACAGAUCUUCAGCCUCGUCUCCGUUACCUCCGACUCGACGGCAAUGGAAUCAAACCUCCCAUUCCUCUAGAACUCUUGAUGUGUUUUAGACUUCUCACUGGGAUUGUCAUUUAACGAAGACAAGCUUACUCUCCAAUUCAGUUCAGAGAGAAAGAGAAAACAAAAUGCAAGUCUUGCGGGUCUGGUACUUGCAGUUUGAGAUGAUUCCUAGUUGCAUACCUUCUAAACCAGACAAAAAGGAACAAAAAAAAUCCAGUAAUGGCAGAAAAGAACCGGCAGUAAUUUGUCUUAAAUAAAUACCGAUUGGAACUGUUUGAAUUCUGGCCACAAAAGAGCAAUCAUCUCCCAGCAUUAUUAUCAUGCAGCAGAUUUUCCAAGAACAAAAACAAAGUUGCUGGAAAAGCUCAGCAGGUUUCGCAGCAUCUGUGGAGGAGAAAAUAGGAUUAAUGUUUCAGAUCCAGUGAUCCUUCCUCAGAACUCAGAGGUUUUCUUCUCCACAGAGACCUGCUGAGCCUUUCCAGCAAUUUUGUUUUUGUUCCUGAUUUACAGCAUCUGCAGUUCUUUUGGUUUUUAUUUAGAUUUUCCAAGCCCUUACUUGCUGUUAGAUCCUUGAUUCUCCUGCAAGUUUGGUUUGGAAAAUUGCUACUCUUCAGUAAAUCUUCAUGCAAUAGUAUUCCAAAUAUCUCGACCAAACUGAAGUGCUAUCUGCUAUUACAUCAAGGCAACAAAAUAUGAUGUUGCAAUUUUACCUUGAUCUUCUGUCUGUUGAAUUAUAGGUUCAUUGUUUGAAGAUUUCACAAUGUAUUCAUUUAAGGCACCUCUUAGGUCUGACAUGUGUGAUCUCUAACAAAUGUUUCUAGUUAUAGUAAAAAUUUAAUUUGGAAUUUUAA